ACCUUGAGAAUAUAGGCGUUUCAGUUUGGUGAUUACAAGCUGGACCGCUGUGUUUUAUAGUGCUUUAUUCAUGUAGUUCUUACUAGAUAUUGCCACCUCAUUACGCGGCUCUCCCCUAGCUGAGCCGAGAGUAGUUUCGCGUGUUUGAUUUCUGUUCGUGGGGUCUGUUAUACAUUAACGUCACGUCCGUAGCAACGAGCAUAAGAUGGCAUGGUUUGGAGAAAGCUUUAGCAACAUCAAGGGACAACUUUCAAACAUUGCUAAAGAAGUGCUUGCAGAAGGAGCAGAUGAAGUGGAUGACCAGGAGACGCAGUUGAAGGUAGCCAAUGACAAGAUUAAAACAUUGGAGGCCUCCUGCACAUCUCACUGCGCUGAGAUAUCGCGCCUGGAGCAGAGGAACGGCGAGCUCGAGGAGCGCCUGAGCACCGCCGACCUCCAGCUGAGCAGCCUCUCGCAGCAGCACCGGCAGGAGAUCGUCAGCCGCGAGAGGGAGCUACUGAGCCUGCGCAACCAGCUGCGCGAUGUGGAGGAGGAGCGAUACCUGUCGGGGUCGGGGCGCACCACGCCGCCCGACCCCGACCCCUACCCGGACCCGUUCGGCGCGUCGUCCGAGCUGGACGACCUGCUGGGCGCCCAGCAGCGCGUCAACCAGCUGACGGCGCGCGUGGCCCAGCUGAGCAAGGAGCGCGACCAGCUGCUCAAACAGGCGGAGCCCGACCACCAUGGCGUUCCCGACCGCGGCCGGCUGCAGGCCAGAGUCCAGGAGCUGGAGGCGGAGCUGCAGCAGGCCGUGGACCGGCACCAGGAGCAGCUGUCGGCGCUGCAGGACAGCCACCAGCAGCAGCUGCAGCAGCUCAGGGCUUCGGCCGACACCGCAGGCUCGCGGCAGGGCGAUGACGAGGCGGUGCGUGACGCGCCCGACGGCGGUGCCACUCAGCCGGUGGCCGCCGGACCCGACGCGGACGCGGUCGGCGCCCGACUGAAGCAGCUGGCCACCGAGAACGAGGACCUGCUCACCAGUCUGCAGAAGAUCACUGCUGAGAGAGAGGCACUCAGUGCCAGCCUGCAGGAGCGGACGGCUGAGAACGACCAGCUGCUCAAAAGCCUGCAAGAUGUGUCUGCCGAGAGGGACAGCGUCAGCGCCAGGCUGCAGGAGCUGGUUGUCGAGAAGGACGAGCUGCUGGCCAGCCUCAAGGAACUCGACGUUCAAAACCAGGCGGCCAAUGACCAGGUGCAGCGGCUGCACGCUGAUGCGACGACACGGGCGGCCGCCGCCGACGAGCUGGGCCAGCAGCUGCUGAAGAGCCAGCAGGACGCCCGUCUGCUCGAGCAGGCCAGGGAUGAGCUGGUCCAGAAACUGAAGCUGCAGGGGAAGGAGGCUGCUUCCCUGACGUCAGUCAGAGAUGAGCUGCUGGAGAAACUGCGGCAGAAGGAGCAGGAAGCGGCGUCUCUUUUGUCAGCUAGAGAUGAGCUCCUGGAGAAAGUGCAGGAGAAAGAGUCGACGGCUGGCGAUGAGCUGCUACUUAAAUCACAAGAGUGGGAGAGGGAGGCGACUGCACUGGCGACAGCUAGAGAUGAGUUGCAACACAGGUUGCAAGAGAUGGAGCAAGAGGCUGCUUCCCUGACGUCAGCAAGAGAUGAGUUGCUGGAGAAACUGCAACAGAAGGAGCAAGAAACCACUUCUUUGCUGUCAGCAAACGAUAACCUUCAGGAGAAAGUGCGGGAGAAAGAGUCGACGGCUAGCGAUGAGCUGCUACUUAAAUCACAAGAGUGGGAGAGGGAGGCGACUACACUGGCGACAGCUAAAAAUGAGUUGCAAAACAGGCUGCAAGAGAUGGAGCAAGAGGCUGCUUCCCUGACAUCAGCAAGAGAUGAGCUGCUGAAGAAGCUGCAACUGAAAGAGCAGGAGACAUCUUCCCUGACAUCAGCAAGAGACGAGCUUGCAGAGAAACUGCAAGAGGAGUCAACAGGUGGUCAAGAGCUGCUCUUGAAGCUGCAGAAUUGGGAGAGAGAGGCGACCUCACUGACGGCGUUGAAAGACGAGCUGCGACAGCAACUGCUGGAGAAGGAGCUGGAGGCUACUUCUUUGAAAUCAGCGAGGGAUGAGCUGCAGGAGAAGCUGCGACAGAAGGAAGGAGAAGCUGCUUUGUUGGUAAAAGAGACAGAGUCGGCCACCAAAGAGGAAAUACAGCAGCAUUUGCUAGAUAAACAAAUGUUUGAAAAGGCCAAAUGCGAGCUGGAGCAAAAGAUUGCGGAGAGAGAUGCUGAAAUUAUCCGACUGACAGUAAGCAAAGAUUCAGUGACUGAGGCAUUACAAGAGCACGAGGCGGUAGCGGCAUUGAGAGAAGAACUGCUGCAGGCGAGGGAAGUAGAGGUGGCUACUUUGAAGGAAGCGGGAGAACAGGCCAUGCUGGAGCUGCGCGAAAAGAGUGCGGAGAAGGCUAAGCUCAUGACUGAAGUGGAUGAGCUGAAGAGGGCUCUGAAAUGUGCUGAGGAUGGUCAGAAGGCUACCGUUCUCAUUCUGAAGAAAUCGGAGGAUGCUUUGGAAAAAAUGAACGCACAGAACAUGGAGCUUCAAGCUCAAAAUGACACCCUUCAGACCAGUAUCAGCGAGAACGUGCAAAGUCAUAAAGCAGUGAAUGAAGAAAUGGCUGGCCUGAAGACGCGUUUAUCUAAAUUCGAAAACGAGGGAGUGGUCGUGAAAGAGAAUCUAUAUCAUUUAAGCGCAGCGCCCUCAGAACAGUCCCAGACAAUGAACGAUUCCUCGCAGGGCGGCCAGGAAGCGUUGCUUAGUCGGAUCGUGGACCUUGAAGCAAUGAACUUGGAACUGGAAGCCGAACUGUCCCGAAUAAAAACUGCUGACCUAAAUACUGCUGAUCACCACUUUUCGGCCGUCGAAGGACAGACGGAAAACGGCCAGCAUUUCUCGGGUAACGAGACCGCGAUCACCUCUCUCCAGAAUCUGCAGACACAGCUCGAGGCGGAACAGAGGCGCGCAGCCGAAGCCAGCGAGCGCUGCUCGGAGCUUCGGUCGCUGAACGACACGCUGCAGGACACGGUCAAAGGUCUGACCGAGCGAGUGGAGUCUCUGGAGUCGGAGAGGGACGAGCAGGAUGCGCAGCUGGACACGGCGGAGCCCGUUGCCGCCGAGAACCGGCAAAUUGCCAUUCGCCUGCUCGAAAUAAUGACGCUGUUCAACUCUGAGGAGAUAUACGCGUCCAACUCGUGCACGGCUGCGCUGCUCGACUCGUUGGAGACGAGUCUGAAGGAGCUACAGUGGAGCCUGCAGGAGACGGGCCGCCAGCUGGAGCAGGAGCGGCGCGGCCGGGUCCAGCUGCAGGAGCGGCUCCAGGAGCUGGAGCAGGAGCAGCUGCUGUGCUCCGGCUCGUCGGACAAACUGGAGACGAUCAGCGAGGACGCCGAGCGCGUGGCCGAGCUGGAGGAGGAGGUAACGCGACUCCGCCAGACGCCCGACCCGGCGCCGGACAGCGCCGACGCUAGGAGCCGCGAGCCCGACCCGGAGCUGGACCGGCUGGCGGCCGACAGGCACCUGCUCACCAGGCAGCUGGAGGAGACGCGGCUGGAGCGCGACGAGGCGGCGCAGCGGGCGCUGAUGCUGCAGGAGCAGCUGGACGCGGCUGACGGCCGCAACGAACAGGAAGAGCAGCUGCGGUACGAGAAGGAGGAGCUAGACAUCAAACUGCAGAUCCAAGACGCCGAACUUGCGGAGCUGAGAGUCAGGCUCAGGAAUGAGGAAAAGAGAGCGGCAGAAUGUGCUGAGGAAAUUGUAGAACUUUCAAAACUGCACGCCGAGCUCGCGGCGGUCCGUCUGGAAAGGGAAACUUUGUCAAGGAGAGUAAGCAUUAUGGAGAAAGAGAUGCAAGAGCAACAUGACAACGCAUUGUCAGAAAAGGACAAACUAAAUAUGUCCAUCCAAGAGUCGGAUAGGCGGAUGGAGAAGCUCAUAUUGCAGAUCGAAGAACAGAAGUCCAAGAACUCAGAAGUGAUACGUCAGUUCGAGAGUGUGCACCAAGAGCUGUCGAAGCACAAGGGGGAGCUGCUCACUUCGCAGGAGAAAUGUCGCCAGCUGGAGGCCGAACUGGAGACCUGCAGGCAGUCGUCGGAGCAGGCGGAUCUCAUCACCAAAGCGGAGGUUUCUCAAGCUGGAACCACUGAGGCGCCGGCAGACGCGUCGGACAAGGAGCGCCAAGACGUGGAUACCAAGGAGGUGGACGAGGUGGAGGCGGAGGCGGAGGCGUCGCCGGACCCCGGCCGCCUCUCGAGCCUGCUGGAGUCGGCCGACGAGCUGCGCCGCCAGCUGGACGAGCAGGCAGAGGCGCGUCGCCAGCUGGCCGCCGAGCGAGACGUGUGGCUCACCGAGCGGCACCAGCUGAUCACGGCGCUCAGCCAGAAGCACGCCGAGAGCCUGCAGUACCACGCUGAGAUCCAGCGGCUGCAGGCGGCGCAGGCCGGCGCCGAGCAGGCGCGCGCCGCCGAGCUGCGGGACAGCGCUGAGCGGCACGACCAGCUCACCGCCCAGCUGCAGCUGGUGGCCUCCGAGCUGGCGCAGACGCGCCGCGCUCGCGACGAGGCGCUGGCGCAGGCCUCGCAGCUGCGGCCGGCGCAGGACCAGCUGCUCAUCGAGUUGCAGGAGCGUAACGCGGCCAUCCAGGAUCUGCGGCAGCAGGCGGCGCAGCAGGAGGAGACCGAGCGGCGGCUGCAGGUCGAGCUGCGCCGACUGCGCGACCACCUGGUGGCCAUCGAGGAAAACUACACGCAGGAUGCGCUGAACGCCGAGCAGCGCGAGGCGGCGCUGCGCGAGCGACUCAGCAGCGAGCUGCACCUGACGGCGGAGAGUGAGGCUGCCUCGCAGCAGAUCGAGUCACUCCAGGAGCAGCUGACGGUGGUUUCCCACCAGCGUGAUGACGUCACUCUGCAGCUGGAUGACGUCACACACUCGCUGACGAACCUGCAGCGUGUGCUGGAGCAGUUCCAGCGCGACAAGCGGCGAGAGAUCGAGAUGGCCACCAGCGCCGCCCAGCGGGAGACGGCGCAACUGACACAGCACGUGGACGCGCUCAAGACCCAACUGAAGGAAGCCAGCGAGGGUCUGGCCGCAGCGAACCGGCUCAACGAGCAGCUAGAUCGCAAGGAGGAGCUGAUAGUGGCUCUGAAGGCGGACGUGGAAGCCAAGGUGGACGCCAUGGUACGUCUGCAGGCAGAGAUGGAGGAGCUCAAGGGCAACACGUCCGGAAAAGUUGACAAGUCGCUGGUCAAGAACCUGGUGGUGGGGUACGUAGCGGCGCCGGCCGGCCACGAGCGCGAGGUGCUGCGCGUCAUCGCCACCGUGCUCGACUUCUCGCGCGAGGAGCGCGCGCGCGCGCGGCUCGACCCGGCGCCGAGCGCGCCCGGCCCCGGCCCGGCCGGCGCGUCGCUCAGCCAGGCGUUCGUACGCUUCCUGGAGGCCGAGUCGACGCCGCGCCGGCCGGCCACGCUGCCCGCGGAGAAGAUGGCGCAGGAGGCGGUCCGGCGCACGGAGGCGCGCACGCACCGCUCCCAGGCGUCGCCGAUACCGGCGACCGCGGCGCGCACCACGCCGCCGCCGAGCCACUCGCGGCAAAGCUCGACCUCGUCCAACCUGCUGCUGUCGCUGUCGGAGCAGCAGCCGGCCGAGCCGGCCGCCAGCAGCAGCAGUGCCCUGCGCGCCAUCAUCGGAGACGGCGGCGGCGCGGAGCAGACAGACGUGCCGCGACCUGCCGAGCCGUGACAGGCGCAUCUGGGCCGCGCCGACGACAGCGCCAGAGCGGGCGGCAGCGGGCGGCGCAUCUGGCGUCGCUUGCCCGGGAAUUACGUGCGAUGAGAAUGCUUUAUAUGUAUGUCUUCGCGGAAUAAUACGCUGUUGACUAUAUGGUGCUCGCAAUGUUAUUUUUAUGAAAGUGAUAGCUGUAAUUGGUGAAAUAAAUUAUCCGAUGCAU